GCCACGGGGAGCUGCCCGCCUCCCUCCGCCCCGCCCCAGAUGUCCCCGCCGCCCGAGGGGAGAGGGGCGGGCCGGGGCGGGCCCGGGGCGGGCGGAGCGGGCAGCGAGGGAGGCGCCGAGCAGGGAGAGCACCGGGCGGGCUGAGGCAGCCGCGGAGCGGGGUGGCCGCGGCCCUGGCACGGCGGCGCCCGGGGGGCGGGAGCCCAGGGGCCGGGAGGAGGAAGAGGAGGGGCGCGGGCAGCGGGGAGAGGACAGAGGAGCCGUCUGGAGGAGCCGAGGCGGCGGCGGAGAGCUCUAGGGGAAGAUGUUGUCUCUUCUGACAUCUUGCGAUUGAGAUACCUGAGAACAGGUUCAGUAACAAUCCCAAGUUCCUGAAGAAGACACUUACGAAUGUAUUGAAAUAAGAAGCUGUAAACAUUUUUUUCCCCCGCCGUCUAUACUGCAUAAGAGAAACCGUAAUCUGAAGCACUUCUCGGACACUCUCCCAGAUGUAUGAAGUCUGCAAAGCUCGCUGUCCAAACUGGCUGUUUUAGUCAGUGGUACUUACCACAUUUGUGGUGUGUAUACAGUACUCUGAAGAAAAAUCACUUUUUUUAUAAAACUCCCAGAAGGAACAUUUUAUUAUGGACAGCUUUUUCUGGAUGUAUAUCCAGGGAGAUUAAUGCCUAGAGUUGAAAGGCAUUUAGUAUACACUGCAAAGUUGGCUUUCCCUCAGUUUUUCCAGAUGUAUUAUCUCCCCUGUACACUGGGAACACGCACAGCCGCGUAAGCUACAGAUGCAGCCAUGGAGCUGUGUGAACUUGUGAGCCGCACAAGAGGUGUUGCAGAGUGCUGGUACCAGACGCGGCUUCACGAUGUCAGCUGAGCUGUGAUUGUGCCAUGCUGAUCACAACAAAGCACACAAAUGGAGUGACACCCUUCCUGCCAAGAGGCUGUUAAGUUUUACGAGGAAGGUUAACUGAUCUCCCGGUAACCUCUGUCAAGUUCUGUGCGAGAUGAGCGCGAGUCUCCCUGCUCCGGGAUGUUGAAGAUGUGCUGCUGCUUAUGACACAUCCAAGAGAAGAAGCUUUGUAAAAUGGCUCAAACCAGCUUGCUGCAGGGAAAGCAGUUCUACUGUAGGGAGUGGGUUUUCCACAAGCUUCAGCACUGCCUCCAGGAGAAAGCUAACUGCAGUGGUAGCACUGCCAACAAACCAUCUCUUGUAGCGAAUUCUGGGAAUAAUACCGGUAGUGUCUCUGGCAAAGGAGCUGCCUGGGGUGUAUUGUUGGUAGGAGGGCCCGGUAGUGGGAAGACAGCCCUCUGUACUGAGUUACUGUGGCCAAGCUCACCUGCAAACCUCCAGAGAGGCUUACAUCGCCAGGCUCUAGCCUUCCACUUCUGCAGGGCCCAAGACUCUGACACACUCUGUGUUGGAGGCUUUAUUAGAGGUUUAGUCACACAAAUCUGCCGCAGUGGACUGAUCCAGGGAUAUGAGGACAAACUAAGAGAUCCUGCUAUUCAAAGUCUCUUGCAACCCGGGGAAUGUGAGAGGAACCCUGCUGAAGCAUUUAAAAGGUGCAUUCUACUCCCUCUCCUGGGAAUGAAGCCCCCUCAGCAGAGCCUCUUCAUACUCGUGGAUUCGGUUGAUGAGGGCUGUAACGUUUCUGAGGGUGAACAGACUUCCACAAGUUUAUCUGGAACAAUUGCAGAGAUUUUAGCAAGCCACUUCGAGUUCUUCCCUCCCUGGCUGCUCCUCUUGUGCUCUGCCCGCAAACAGAGUAAAGCUGUUACAAAAAUGUUUACAGGUUUUCGAAAAAUAAGUCUGGAUGACCUUCGAAAGGCUUAUAUUGUGAAAGAUGUGCAGCAAUAUAUUCUGCAUCGUUUAGACCAGGAAGAAGCCCUGAGACAACAUCUCACAAAAGAAACAGCAGAGAUGCUGAAUCAGCUUCACAUCAAAAGCAGUGGUUGCUUUUUGUAUCUGGAACGUGUCCUAGAUGGAGUUGUGGAGAAUUUUAUUAUGUUGCGAGAGAUCCGUGAUAUUCCAGGAACAUUAAACGGCCUCUACCUUUGGCUCUGCCAGAGACUUUUUGUGAGAAAACAGUUUGCGAAGGUCCAGCCCAUUCUUAAUGUAAUUCUUGCAGCCUGUAGACCCUUAACCACCACGGAGUUGUAUCAUGCAGUGUGGACCAAAAACAUGACGCUGACGAUGGAAGACUUCCAACGCAAAUUGGAUGUCCUGUCAAAAGUCCUUAUCGAUGGCCUUGGAAAUACAAAAAUCUUGUUCCAUUACAGUUUUGCAGAAUGGCUGCUGGAUGUAAAGCACUGUACACAGAAAUACUUGUGUAAUGCAGCAGAGGGACACAGAAUGCUGGCAAUGAGCUACACCUGCCGAGCAAAGGAUUUAACACCAUUAGAAGCUCAAGAGUUUGCAUUGCAUCUGAUUAAUUCAAAUUUACAGUUAGAGACCUCAGAGCUGGCCUUAUGGAUGAUAUGGAAUGGCACACCUGUCAAAGACUCCCUGUCAACCUUAAUUCCUAAAGAACAAGAAGUAUUACAGCUGCUGGUAAAAGCUGGUGCUCACGUCAACAGCGAAGAUGACCGCACGUCUUGCAUUGUCCGGCAGGCUCUGGAGAGAGAGGACUCCAUUCGCACCUUGUUAGACAACGGAGCGUCAGUAAACCAGUGCGAUUCCAAUGGGAGAACGCUCUUGGCCAACGCAGCGUACAGCGGCAACCUCGAUGUUGUCAACCUGCUGGUCUCAAGGGGAGCAGAUUUAGAGAUAGAAGAUACUCAUGGGCAAACAGCACUUACCUUGGCUUCUCGUCAGGGACACACGAAGGUUGUCAAUUGCCUGAUCGGAUGUGGGGCCAAUGUCAAUCACACGGAUCACGAUGGCUGGACGGCACUGCGGUCUGCAGCGUGGGGAGGGCACACAGAGGUGGUCUCUGCACUCCUUUACGCGGGAGUCAAAGUGGACUGUGCGGAUGCUGACAGUCGAACGGCGCUGAGAGCAGCGGCGUGGGGGGGACAUGAAGAUAUUGUGCUGAAUCUGCUUCAACACGGCGCUGAAGUUAAUAAAGCUGACAACGAGGGCAGAACGGCGUUGAUUGCGGCUGCCUACAUGGGGCACAAAGAGAUCGUGGAGCACCUGCUGGAUCACGGUGCAGAGGUGAACCACGAGGAUGUGGACGGAAGAACGGCUCUGUCUGUCGCUGCACUCUGUGUGCCGGCCAGCAAGGGACACGCCUCGGUGGUCAGCCUGCUUAUCGACCGCGGGGCCGAGGUUGACCACUGUGACAAAGAUGGCAUGACCCCACUGCUGGUGGCUGCUUAUGAAGGACAUGUGGACGUUGUUGAUUUGCUUCUAGAAGGAGGAGCUGAUGUUGAUCACACAGACAACAACGGUCGUACACCGCUUCUGGCAGCAGCCUCCAUGGGCCACGCUUCAGUUGUAAAUACUCUCUUAUUUUGGGGUGCAGCUGUUGAUAGCAUUGAUAGUGAAGGUAGAACAGUUCUGAGCAUAGCAUCUGCACAGGGUAAUGUUGAAGUAGUACGGACUCUGCUGGACAGGGGGCUAGAUGAAAAUCAUAGAGACGAUGCAGGCUGGACACCUUUGCAUAUGGCAGCUUUUGAAGGUCACAGGUUGAUAUGUGAAGCUCUUAUAGAACAAGGUGCUAGAACAAAUGAAAUCGAUAAUGAUGGUCGUAUACCUUUCAUAUUAGCUGCACAGGAGGGUCACUAUGAUUGUGUGCAGAUGUUACUGGAAAAUAAAUCCAACAUUGAUCAGAGAGGCUAUGAUGGGAGAAAUGCUCUCCGAGUUGCUGCCUUAGAAGGUCACAGAGAUAUAGUUGAACUACUGCUCAGCCAUGGAGCAGAUGUGAACUACAAAGAUGCUGAUGGCCGGCCAACACUUUAUAUCUUAGCGUUAGAAAACCAGCUUACAAUGGCUGAGUAUUUUUUAGAAAACGGUGCAAACGUAGAAGCAAGUGAUGCUGAAGGAAGAACAGCACUCCAUGUUUCCUGCUGGCAGGGCCAUUUGGAGAUGGUACAGGUGCUGAUAACAUACCAUGCUGAUGUGAACGCUGCAGAUAACGAGAAGAGAUCUGCUUUGCAGUCUGCUGCAUGGCAAGGUCAUGUGAAGGUAGUGCAGCUUCUCAUUGAACAUGGAGCUCUGGUUGACCAUACAUGUAAUCAAGGUGCUACUGGACUCUGCAUUGCAGCCCAAGAAGGGCAUAUUGACGUUGUCCAGAUAUUACUGGAGCAUGGUGCUGAUCCAAAUCAUGCUGACCAAUUUGGGCGCACAGCUAUGCGAGUUGCAGCUAAAAAUGGACACUCUCAGAUUAUUAAAUUACUGGAAAAAUAUGGUGCAUCGACUCUGAAUGGUUGCACUCCGUCUCCAGUACACACAAUGGAGCAAAAACCCUUACAGUCAGUCUCUUCUAAAAUGCAGUCCUUAACAAUGAAGUCCAAUAGUUCGGGGAGUACUGGUGGAGAUAUGCAGCCCAGUAUGCGGGGAUUAUCUAACGGGCCUGCGCACGCCUUCAGUUCUCCUUCUGAGUCCCCUGAUUCUACAGUUGACCGUCAAAAGUCAUCUUUAUCAAAUAAUUCCCUGAAAAGUUCCAAAAAUUCCUCUCUCCGCACCACGUCCUCGACGGCGACUGCUCAGACAGUGCCCAUUGAUAGUUUCCACAGCCUGUCGUUCACGGAGCAAAUACAGCAGCAUUCCCUGCCACGCAGCAGAAGCAGGCAGUCCAUUGUUUCUCCUUCUUCCACAACUCAUUCCCUGAGUCAAAAUCACAAUUCACCAAGUAGUGAGUUUGAGUGGAGCCAAGUAAAACCUAGUUUGAAAUCAACAAAGGGUAACAAGGGAGGGAAAACGGACAACUCCAGCAAGUCUGGGUCAGCUGGAAAGAAAAUAAAGCAGAGUAGUUCCUCCCAACCCAAAGUGUUAGAAUAUGAAAUGACUCAGUUUGAUAAGCGAGUACCUAUUGCCAAAUCUGGCCCAAGCAUGCCACUGAAAUCAAUGCCGGUAGAGCCACAGUGCAAAAUUUUGGUCCCGCCAGCUCAGCAGGAAGUUGGUCGAUCUCAGCAGCAGUUCCUGAUUCACCAACAGAGUGGAGAGCAGAAGAAGAGGAACGGGAUUAUGACGAAUCCAAACUACCAUCUCCAGAGCAAUCAGGUUUUUCUUGGCAGGGUUUCUGUCCCACGAACAGUGCAGGAUAGAGGGCAUCAGGAUGUACUGGAAGGUUAUCCUUCUGCAGAAACAGAACUCAGCCUUAAGCAAGCCUUAAAACUUCAGAUUGAAGGUAGCGACCCAAGUUUCAACUACAAGAAGGAAACACCAUUGUAAAAGGCCAAUUCCAUGAUGCUGUGAACAGAAGCCCUUCUGCUCCAAAAGAUUUAUCAGCUGGCUGGGAUGAAAGCAUAUAAUGCUUAUUUAGUGCACCUAGAAAUUCAAGAAUGUGAUUACUACAGUACAGUUACCUUAAUUACUGUAACGUGCCUACAUUUUCAGGCUGCCUUCUCAGUAUAACCCUCUGUGCUUCGAAAUUUUAUUUUGUGUACUUUGUAUUUAAUACACAGAAUGAGCACUUUUUUUAAUUGCAGAAAGAUAUAUGCUGUAUUUCCCUGACCACAGCUGAAAAUGGUAAGAACCAGGAAUUCUGAUUUCCUAUUCCAGAUCGCUUGGUAGAGGUGCAUGUGCCACAGUGAACUGUGUAUGGAGAGGCAGUGCUUUUUGUAUUUAUUUUUCUGUAAUAAGCAAAGAAAAUAAGCAAAGAGUUUGUCACAUUUGCAUUGUUGUCCUGUAUGGUCAGUUCCCUGUGUACUUCAAAAAGUUCUCUCCAGAAUUACAAGUCUCGUAACAGUAUUUUAUAAAUACUGUACUUGUUUGUUCUGUCUGUGUAAUAGCUGUUCAGUGGUAGCAAAGGAGUCGGACUGCAACCAUCUACAGUGUCUUUGGGAUUUUUGAGAGGCAAAAAUCCACCCUCUGGUACUACAGCACCAAAUCUGGAUGGCAGACUGGGACCACUGAAAGCAAUAGGUGAAUUUUCUCUUGGACACUUGGUCUUCAAUAGCCUCCGUUAUUGUUACAGUAAUGAGGUAACUAAUAUGGGUAUGUUUGAGGUGCUAAAGGUCUGAUCCUGCUUUCAUGUAUAUCUUUAUACAUUAGAAACAGCUCUUUCUUUAUUCCAAGGACUGUAUUGAGAAUGUCAGUAAAAUAGACGGUGGAAAAUGCAGACACUUUGUUAAUGGGGCUGAGGGAAUAUACAGCCGGAGUACGGUGGAAAAGCACACAGUCAGUGACAGCGUUGCCUGGGGAGUACAGAGAUUACUGAGUUAGCCCUGUCCUGAGACAAUAACUCUUUAAAGCACAAACUUGUAUGAAUGUGGUUGCUGCUUCAGGUGGCUCAGGUAGAGCCAGUGUGAGUGUCUCUGUACCUGGAGCUUGGUUAAUCAGCAGUCUGGAUAGUCCAUCUACAGAUAAUGGAAAGCUGGUUUCCCGCUCUUACAGCAGAAGAAUUUUACUUAAAUGAAAGAGAGCAAAGUCAAGGUCAUUGCUGUGAAAGUGAACAGUGUGAAAUUUUUCCUUUGAAUGUGCACACCUUACUUGCACAGUUCUGCAAGUGAUAAAAUAAAACUAGUGGGUUAUUUUCUCCUACAAAUGCAAGCUAUAUUCUACUAUUCACCAUUACACAGCCUUGCUCUUUAGAAAAUAAGCCUAUUUUUGUACACAAGUAUUUCUUCUAAAGGCUUAGGUUUCAUCUUUUUCAUACUCUAAUUCUGAUCAUUCCAGAAAUAAGAUGAUAGAAAGCUGAGGUUAUUUUUCAUAGAUGAUUAAUUAGA